UCAGAAUGGAAGCCAGUCAUAAACAGCUUAUUUAUCUUCGCAAUAAUCGGCCGCCGCGAGCGCUUGCGACGUGCGACAAGUCGUUCUGGGGUUUCAAGUGAGUGCAAACGAAAAUCCUCCGUUAAUAUCACGGCUAAUUAAGUUGCAGAUGAUCAAUGUUGGAAGGAUGGUAUUGCAGAUCCAUUGCCAACAACAAUGCAGACGCAGAAGAGGAAGAAGAUGAAGACAGUCCGGAAGAGGAAGUGCCUAACUACAAGGACCAGUAUCGCAACCUUAAAAGGAAGCUGAAGUUCUUGAUUUAUGAAAAUGAGUGUUUCCAGGAGGCUCUGCGUUCUACGCAAAGAAAACUGCUCAAAGUAAACAGAGACAAGAGUUUUUUGUUAGAUCGCCUUCUGCAAUAUGAAAAAGUGGACGCAUCAUUCAGUGAAAGCGAUGAAACUGAAUCAUCUGAUGAGGAAGUUGUUCGUUUAGAUAAUUCAAAGAGGAAAAAAGUUGAAACAAACAUCAACAAUCAUGCUUCUCAUCAUUCGCCAAUAGUCACAAAACCACUAAACACCAGCAAAAAGAAAAAGAGUACACCAAAAGUUGUUAAAACAAACAAUACACCUAUAGUACAAUCCGCAAAUAAUUUGGUUCCAAUGUCCUUGAUGUCUGAUGGACAUAUGACUCCUGAAGAAGUGGAAAGACAUUUGGAAUCUCGUCAGACAUAUCUGGAACUUGUGCCAGAGAAGGCACCACCCACAGUUCCAACAGAAAUGUUCAGUAAUGAUCCUUCAUUGGAUAGCGAAUCGAACGAAAUUGGGGAACUCGAAACAUCUCCAAGUAAUAUGGGAGAAGAUUGCCUCAGUGUUGAUAUGAUGGCGGAGUGACAAACAUUCGUUUAUAGUUUACUCAUUAAUUAUUACGAAGUGCACAUAGGGUUAUAUGUUUCUUUAAGAUUAUUUCACACAACUAACUCAAUUGUAUCCACAUGAUAUAAUACAAAUUUUUAUACACAAUAA